AUGCCCAAUUUCAAGAGCCUAAGCAAUUUCUUUCGUACAACCAUCAAAACCACCACUACCUACCCCACCAACGCGGCUGACACUACUCUUAUAAGCGUCGGCACCAACCUCGAACCCAAAACACGCUCUAAAAAGUCCCCAAAACCAAAAACUUUCUCGAAGUCCAAAAAGCAAUCUCAGCCUCAACCUCAACCUCCUCCGUCAACAGCGGUUAAUUCUAGCCUCCUUGAUCUCAAAUUUGAAGGCUCCGGUUCUGAGGAUUCAGCUACAAACCUGACAGCACAGGACAUAGCAAAGAUUAUAAAUGCCAAAAUAGAGCAUUUAAGUUGUUAUAGUUCUAGUUUGGAUACCUGGGUUGAUUUUUGCAAAUUGGUGUUUUUUGUCUCUCUCUCUCUCUCUCUUUUCCCUGCAGAUGGUGCAAAACUUAGCUCACCAGAUUCGGAAGAAGCAGAUGAUGAGAAAGUUGUAGAAAAGGUUUUGAAGGUACCAUGGUUUCCAACUUCGAAGACUAACAAUAUAGCUAUACGGCGAAAAGAAGUAACUCGUGAAAGGAAACAAAAAUGGGUUUUCAGAUAUAGUCAGGUCUUCCGUAUGGACCGAUUAGUUGAUACAUGUGCCGACAAGCUGGGGACAGAUGCUACGAUGGAGGUUUUUGGAAAAUUGGGAAAGGAAACAGGCUUGAAAGAGUUCAAUGCAUUGAUGAAGAAGCGCGUCGAGCUAUGUAGGGAAACUGAUGAUGAGACAGUUGUGAUGCAACAGAUUGAUGCAGUUCUUGAACUUCUUAGAUCAAUGAAGGAGCAGGGUUUCUCAAUAGAAGAGGAAACUUAUGGUUCAUUUCUUAUACUUUUAAUUGAUAAGGGUAUGGUGGAAGAAUUCCAUUUUUUCUCUGACUUUAUCAAAGAUACAAAUCCUGGUAAAAAUGCACGAUUAGGUUAUUACAAUAUGCUGUUAUAUGUUGGAGUCAAUGAUGAAGAGAAGAUUCAGGAACUUUGCAAUUAUAUUUGUACUGAUGAUGGGGAUGAGAAUAUCAGUUUACGAGAUUAUGGAGUGAAGGAUCUCUCAACUCCUAUCUUUAGUUACGCUACCAGCUUCCGAAAUUUAGCGGUUGAGGAUGUUGUAUCAAAGUUCAAAACCUUGCACACAGUAGUGGGGAUGAGUCCUUCUUCUACUGCUUAUGAGAAGCUCAUUAUUUACUGUUGCAAUUUACUUAAGGUGCAUCAGGCACUUGAUAUGGUGGACGAAAUGUGCAAAGAGGGUUUAACCAUAUCCAUAAACACAAUACAAUUGAUAUUGAAUGCUAGUGAGGAAAGCCUUGAUUUUAAUUUGGUUCGGCGGAUCUACUCAUUGAUUUAUCACCUGGACUUGACACCAAAUAAUGAGACCUUUAGGAGCAUGAUAAGUUUGAGUGUGAAAAUGAAAGAUUUUGAAGGUGCGUAUGGUCUGCUCAAUGAUUUGAAGAAAUUGAAUUUGACACCGACAGCCAGCAUGUAUAAUGCUAUAAUGGGUGGUUUUUUUCGAGAGGUAGCAUCUGAAAAUAUUCUUCCUGCUCUAUUUCAUAAAAACAUUACUGGUGCUUUAAUGGUUCUCGACCAAAUGGAACUCGCAGAUGUGAGACCAGACUCUUCAACUUACUUUUAUCUGAUAAGCAACUGUGACAACGAGGAUAAAAUUAACAAGUAUUAUGAAGAAAUGAAGGUUGCUGGAAUUCAGUUUACGAAGCAAAUUUAUAUGGCGCUUGUUAAUGCAUAUGCAACAUGUGGGAAAUUUGAAAAGGCCAAACAGGUACUCCUAGACAAAGGGAUUCCAAUUAAGAACUUAAAUGAGAUUAGAAGUGUGCUUGUCUCAGCUCUUGCUUCACAUGGACAAAUGACUGAUGCCCUUCAUGUGUAUGAAGAAAUUAAGCAAGCUGAAUCCAAUCUGGAGCCCAAAGCUGUCAUAAGCCUUAUAGAGCACGUUGAGUCUGAAGGGGAACAAAGCAGAUUGCUUAAACUACUGGAAGAAUUGGAUGAUCCUAAAUAUUGGGUGGAUGGCUGUUCCAGAGUUAUCCUGUAUUGUAUUCGUCAUAAGGAUUCAAGGUCUGCUAUGGAUUUGCUCAAGCAACUCAAAGAUAGGUUAUCUGAUGAUGAAUUGGCAAUGGAAGUUCUGUUUGAUGAGGUUUUCUCUCUAGUUGCUGAGACAGAGCCUCCAGAUGUGCAGAUGGGAAUGUACUUGCUUCAAGCCAUCAAGGAUGAGCUUGGCGUUUCACCUUCACGAAAAUGUCUUGAUUUUCUCCUUAGUGCUUGUGUUAAGGCCAAGGAUUUACGUAAUUCUCUCGUGAUCUGGAAAGAAUAUCAGGCAGCUGGCCUUCCAAUGUACCAGGCCCUUCUGGCUUCUGGAAGCCACGUAUCUGCACAGGCUAUGCUAAAUAAAAUUCCAAAAGAUGAUCCCCAUGUUCGCAUUAUAAUCCAAGAAUGUCAAAGAACUUAUAUUGGGCGCGCUUCUAGAAAGGGAAAGAAGAAAAAGAACAAGGAAAAUGAAUAA